AUGGAAACUCCAGAGACAAUAAUGGAUGUGACCUCAUCAUCCAACCAGUCCUCAGCUAACACCCAGAGCCAAGUCAACAGUCAAUGUGAACACAUUGAUAAAUCAGGCCACCUCUUCUUUGCACUGGCCUACAGUCUGGUGUGUGUGGUGGGUUUGGUCCUCAACGGCUUCACCCUGAAGGUUUACUUCUGCUCAGCUCAGCGGCAGGUGUCCAGCAUCAUGAUGGUCUACAUGAAGAACCUGGCAGCCUCUGACUUCCUGCUCUGCCUCUGCCUCCCCUUCUAUAUAGCCAACUAUGUCAGCAGCUCUCUCACCCUCCGCCUUGUUUACUGCACCUUUGCCUGCUGUGCCUUUUACCUCAACAUGUACGCCAGCAUCCUGUUCAUGGGUUACAUCGCCGCUGACAAGUAUUUUAAAAUCAUCCAUCCUUUAAGAAUGUACUUCCUGCAGACAGUGAAGGCUGCCCGCAUCAUCUCCACAGUAACUUGGAUUUUCCUCCUGGCUGUUGUGAUCUCCUACAUCACCCUGUGGCACCUCACCAAGCCAGAAUUGACCUUUGUCCCUGACAAAUGUGACGCCUUGGAAAGCCCCCAGGUCAUUGUAUUCUACAAAAUCCUCCACAUCUGCUCCACUGCCAUCUUCCUGUUCGUCCUUGUCUGCAUGAUCUUCUUCUACUACAGUGUCUCCAUCGUUGCGUUGCUGGCACAGCAGAGGCAGCCGCAAUCCUCCAGCUCCAAAAGACAUGUGAGGUCAAGCAGGAAACUGUUGGUGCUGGUCAGCAUCUUCUGUGUUUGUUUUGUGCCCUACCACCUCUCUAUUAUUCCCAGUGCCUUACUGAAGAGGUAUUGCUCCUUACGCCUGGUGUUGCACUACCUGAUUGAAGGGACCAUCUUACUGUCAGUCUUCAAUGUCUGUCUGGAUCCAGUCAUCUACUUCUUCAGCUUUAAGGCCUUUCGGACAAAUCUGAACUUGAAGCAGAUGUUCAGCAUGAACAAGCAAACACCAAGCACAGAAACAAGAAGGAAGGAGGGGCAGCUGAGCAUCAUCCACACCAACUGA